AUGUCUGCUCGUUUCCAGCAGAAGUACGACCCCUCCGAUGUCCCCAUACAGACUACUAGACAGCCCCAGCCCUCGGGCACUGUCCGACGCGCGAAGACACUUAUCCGUCCGGAGCGCAGCGUAGCCCCGGUUCCCCUCAUCAACUCCUCCGCCCAGACCGGCAUCCAAGCUGCUGCCGCCGCCAAGGACGGUCCUCCUCUCGACGCCUGGCGCAUCUUCUCGCGCAUCAUCACCUUCUGGGCCCCCGCCUUCGUCCUCGAAUCCAUCGGCGGUCUGGACGACAAACAGAAGCGACAAGCUUGGCGGGAGAAGAUCGCCCUCUGCUUCAUUAUCGCCGUCCUAUGUGGCAUCGUCGGCUUCAUCACCGUCGGUUUCCAGAAGGUGCUCUGCCCCGACACCGCCCAGUAUGUCAGUCAAUUCUCCCCCAAGGGCUCCGUGGCCCAGGUGCUCGGUGUGCAAGGCUGGCAGACGAACAUCACUUCCUUCCCCGCCGGUGUCAACAUGACCGCCCUCCUUCAGUCCCCUGGUCAGGACAUCACCACCCUUUUCAGCCGAACCGCCAACCAGUACUCCGCUUGCAACGGGGUAAACUUCCGUGCAGGUGUCGAGACGCCAUGCUCAAGCACCACGAGUUGCCCCCUUGGUCCCCUCACCGCUUCCAAUCUCCAAUCCCUCGGCAUGGUCAACACUAGUUUGAUCGUUGGCUACGACUGGGAUCAAGUUGCGGAGCUACAGAACUACUUCGUCAUCGACGGCGCGGUGCUUAACAUGAACUCCUACAUGGCGCUCCACCCCACCUCUAUCCCUUCCGACAAUGUCGACGCCGCUAUUCGCAGCGUUCUCACCACCAUGCCCGGAUCCAGUGGUCGCGAUGCCACCCGUCUCUUCUUCUACCGUUCGGAGCUCAAGGCCGCGGUGCCCUGCCUCGUGGAGCGUUAUUUCGCCGGGAACAUCGACAAGAUCACUCCCGGAUGUGUUGUCUCACAGUUGGUGCUAUACGCCGGUCUCAUUGUCGUCCUCAGCUUGGUCCUUCUCCGUUUCGCCAUGGCUUGUAUAUUCAACUGGUUCAUGUCCUCGCGCCUCGCCGGUCCUCCCGACACCCUCACCCUCAAUAGGUCCGCCAUCAGUCCCGCUGUUAUGCCCGAAGGUGCCAACAUCUCCAUCGACAAUUUGAACGGUACUGCCCCUUGGGCAGGCCCUGGUGGUGGGAAGCGCCUCCUCAAGCCCACGAGCGGGAAGGGCGCCCAUUCUCUCGCCUCGUCGAAUUCCACGUUGGUCAACAGGGAUAGCGGUGGAGCUGCCGCGCCUAUCAUGAGUCUCGCACAGAUUGGCGCGGAGCUGUUCGCUGUAUGCCUGAUUACUUGUUACUCUGAAGGCGAGGACUCUCUCCGGACGACCCUCGACUCGAUCUCGACAACGUCAUAUUCCGAUGCACGCAAGCUCAUGUUCAUCGUUGCGGACGGCAUGAUCACCGGUGCCGGAGAGAAGCGCAGCACGCCCGACAUCUGUGUCAGUCUCCUGGAGGCCGACCCUCGUUUCGGUAACCCGGUGCCUAUGAGUUAUGCGGCGGUCGGAUCGGGCUCGAAGGGUGAGAAUAGGGCUAUGGUUUAUGCUGGGCAUUACACCGUCGCUGGUCGGCGGACUCCAACGGUCAUUAUCGUGAAGUGUGGAACGGAACACGAGGCUGCUACGGACAAGAAGCCGGGCAACCGAGGCAAGCGAGACAGUCAACUCAUCCUCAUGAACUUCUUCUCUCGCGUCACGUACAACGACCGCAUGUCGCCUCUGGACUUCGACCUGUUCCGCAAAGUCCAUGUCCUCAUGGGCAUAACUCCAGAUUUCUUUGAAGUUUGUCUUAUGGUUGACGCCGACACGAAGGUCUACCCGGAUUCGCUCAAGUAUCUCGUCAACUGUAUGCACCACGAUCAGAUGAUCAUGGGUGUAUGUGGCGAAACGCGUAUAGCCAACAAGCGGCAAUCGUGGGUCACCGCCAUCCAGGUCUUCGAGUACUUCAUUUCCCAUCACAACGCCAAGGCCUUCGAGUCCGUAUUUGGUGGUGUCUCAUGUCUUCCUGGAUGUUUCUCCAUGUUCAGGUUGAAGGCCCGGAAGAACAGCGGCGACGACUGGGUUCCUCUUAUUAUCAAGCCUGAGAUCGUCAAGGAAUAUAGUCAAUCAGUUGUCACGACCCUCCACGAGAAGAACCUACUCCUACUAGGAGAAGAUCGUUUUCUUACCACCAUCCUUCUGCGCACGUUCCCGAACCGCAAGAUGAUGUUCCUGCCCCAGGCGAAGUGCAGAACCGUCGUCCCCGACACUUUCAGCAUCCUCCUGUCGCAGCGCCGUCGUUGGAUUAACUCGACCAUCCACAACCUCAUGGAACUCGUCCUCGUUCGCAACCUUUGCGGCACAUUCUGCUUCAGCAUGCAGUUCGUGGUCUUCAUGGACCUGCUCGGCACGAUCGUCCUCCCUAUCGCCAUCUCCCUCACGUACCUGCUCAUCGUCAGCAUGGCCCUCGAUCCUCCCAAAACUUUCGAGCAAGCCAUUCCACUGGUCCUUCUUAUUGCUGUCCUCGGUCUCCCCGCGAUCCUCAUCCUUAUCACCACGCGCAAAGUGGUCUACAUCUUCUGGAUGCUGAUCUACCUUGCUGCCCUCCCCGUCUGGAACUUCAUCCUCCCCGUCUAUGCCUUUUGGCAUUUCGACGACUUCUCAUGGGGUGAAACACGAAAAGUCGAGGGUGAAGGCAAGGGCGAAGGUCAUGGGGACGGUCACGGAGCAUCUGGCAUUGCGAACGUUCCGAUGCGCCGCUGGGAAGACUGGGAACGCUCUCGGCUCAGGAAGCUCCGUCGCGAAGAGAAGAGGAGAAGGGACAAUGGCGAGCUCGUCCCGCGGAAUGAAGUCUGGAGCCAGUACGACGGCUCGGAUACCUUCUCCGUUGCAUCAUCCGACGACGAUCACUGGGGCGCUCAAAUUGGCGGCUACAACGAGAAUAGCGCUCAGUAUCCUCCACCACCCGUCGGGCUCACACAUGCAACUGCCCUCACGAGCGCCGAGACGGUUGCGGGAGAGGACUUGGAAGCGAUGCUGGAGGUCGGGUUCGACGAUAGGCUGGGCAUGCGAUACCAGCUCGCCGACACCGGUACUGGGUACGCCCCUAUCUCUCGGACGACUUCACCCGGACUCGCCGGUCAAGCUGACCCCCUCUCUCCAACCACCCCCGAAACCGGCGGACUCAGUACCGCCGUCGGGUCAGACUGGAAGACGCACGCGAAGAAGCGGAGCGGAGGGCGGUCGGGCACGCAUGAGUACGGGCCUCUAGGGCCACUGGAUCCUGGAUCCAGGUUCUAG